GAACCUUGAGGCUUGGGGCGGCUUCUCGCGGAUCCUCGACUGCUGCUGCGUUUGGGUCACAGCCGCCUGUUCCCACACCCUCCCCUGAGCUCCCCUUGCCCACACGCACCCUAAAGCCCUGUGCAGGUCCGCCUCCAUGGAUCCUGAACCACCCGAACCCUCGACUGUUGUCGUUUCGGUUGAGCGCCAGCCGCCCAGCGCUCAAUCCGGGCCUGCUGCUCAGGGUGCCAGCGCGGGAGGUGCCUCAGGCACCAUGAGCCAGGACACUGAGGUCGACAUGAAGGAAGUGGAGCUGAACGAACUGGAACCCGAGAAGCAGCCGAUGAACGCGGCAUCCGGGGCCGCAGUGUCAGCGGUCAUGGCGGGCGGCACCGAGAAGAAUGGUCUGGUGAAGAUCAAGGUGGCCGACGACGAAACGGAUGUGGGGACAGCCAAGUUCACGGGCCUGUCUAAAGAAGAGCUGCUGAAGGUGGCAGGCAGCCCUGGCUGGGUGCGCACCCGCUGGGCGCUGCUGGUGCUCUUCUGGGUCGGCUGGCUCGGCAUGCUGGCUGGGGCCGUGGUCAUCAUCGUGCGGGCGCCACGCUGCCGCGAGCUGCCGGAACAGAGCUGGUGGCACAAGGGCGCCCUGUACCGCAUCAGCGACCUUCAGGCAUUCCAGGGCCAGGAUGCGGGCAACCUAGCAGGCCUGAAAGAGAAUCUGCAUUACCUGAGCACCCUCAAGGUGAAGGGCUUUGUGCUGGGCCCAAUUCACAAGAACCAAAAAGAUGACAUCGAUGGGACCAACUUGGAACAGAUUGAUCCCACUCUUGGCUCCAAGGAAGAUUUGGACACUCUCCUGCAGUCGGCCAAGAAAAAGGGCCUCCGGGUCAUCCUGGACCUCACUCCCAACUACAGGGGCCAGAGGUCGUGGUUCCUUCCCAGUCAGAGUGACAUGGUGGCCACCAAGAUGAGGGACGCUCUGCAGUUUUGGCUGCAGGCUGGCGUGGCCGGGUUCCAGAUUCGGGAUGUGGAGACUCUGGUGGAUGGGCCAUCAUACUUGGCCGAGUGGCACAACAUCACCAAGAACUUCAGUGAGGAUAGGCUCCUGAUUGCAGGGACUGAGUCGGCCAGUCUUGAGGAGAUCCGGAGGCUGCUCAGCGUGAACAGGGACCUGUUGUUGACCAGCUCGUACCUGUCAGCCUCUGGUUUCACUGGGAAGCAGACAGAAGAGCUGGUCACCCAGUAUCUGAAUGCCACGGACAAUCGCUGGUGCAGCUGGAGUCUGUCUCAGGCCGGGCUCCUGGCUUCUGUGGUGCCAGCGCACCUCCUCCGACUCUACCACCUGCUGCUCUUCACCCUGCCGGGGACCCCGGUGUUCAGCGCCGGGGAUGAGAUUGGCCUGAAGGCAGCGGCCCUUCCCGGACAGCCAGCAAAGGCGCCAGUGAUGCUGUGGGAUGGAUCCAGCUCCACCAACAGCUCAGGGCCUGGGAGCUCCAACAUGACAGUGCAGGAGCAGAGCAAGGAUCCCGACUCCCUCCUCACUCUGUUCCGGCGCCUGAGUGAUCUUCGGGGCAAGGAGCGUGCCCUGCUGCAUGGAGACUUCCACGUCCUCUCCUCGGGGCCAGACCUCUCCUCGGGGCCAGACCUCUUCUCCUACCUCCGCCAGUGGGACCAGAACAAGCGUUUCCUGGUGGUGCUCAACUUUGGGGAUGUGGCCCAAGCUGCCAGGUUGGGGGCAUCUGGCCUGCCUGCCAGCGUCAGCCUGCCUGCCAGGGCCGACCUGCUGCUCAGCACUGAGCCAGGCCGUGAGGAAGGCGCCCCUGUGGAGCUGGAGCUCCUGAGCCUGAAGCCCCACGAGGGGCUGCUGCUCCACUUCCCCUACGUGGCCUGACCGGGGCCCCUUCCCUUCCUCUUCGCAGGCCCAUUGGACUCUGGCUUCUCUCUCUUUCUCUGUCUCUUUUUAUUUUUACUAUUACAGAUAACAGAUGAACCCCCGAUAGUGUGUGUUGUGGCUUCAAAUAAAAGUCAACACUGCCUGGUGUCCCAUCUUCACUGCA